AUGGCCGUAAGAACCACAAAGGCCGCGCUCACGGCAGCCUACCCAUGGACCAAGACCCCUCUCAUCACAAGCGCACCGAUGCUGCGUAUCGCCCACCCCCCCCUCGCCGUUGCGGUGUCUCGUGCCGGUGGAUUUGGCUUUCUGGCAGCCGGAUUCGAUACAGCAGACCUGGAAACCAGCUUCGAAAACACAGCGAAGCUGGUCCGCGAGCACCAAGCAGACAACCCCAAUUUUACUGGCGCUGACAAAGAUAUCUUGCCCGUCGGCGUUGGAUUUCUGAACUGGGGUGCUGACAUCAACCAUGCGAUCCCUCUGAUCGGAAAAUACCUUCCCGCGGCGGUAUGGCUGUUUGGGGCCGCCCGUCCCUCCGGAGAAAUAUACGGGCAAUGGGCGCAACAAGUCCGCUCAGUCACGGGCGGCAGGACCAAGAUAUGGGUCCAGGUCGGCAACGUCACAGACGCCCUAGACACCGCACACACUGUCAAGCCCGAUGUUCUUGUUAUCCAAGGUUCCGAUGCCGGCGGUCAUGGGCUAAAACAGUGCGCGAGUAUCAUCUCCCUUCUGCCAGAAGUUAAAGAUGCCCUUGUCGCCGACGGGCUCGGGGACAUUCCGCUCAUCGCUGCAGGGGGGAUAGUCGAUGGGCGUGGCAUGGCUGCAGCUCUGUGCUUGGGUGCAGAUGGCGUAACCAUGGGCACGAGAUUCCUCGCCUGUGAAGAAGCGAAUAUUGCCCUGGGCUAUAGAAAUGAAGUGCUCCGUGUCCGAGACGGUGGGCUUGUUACGGGAAGAACAACGGUCUACGACCGCGUGAGAGGUUACAACGAGUGGCCCGAGGAGUACGAUGGCCGUGGUAUUCUCAAUCAGAGCUUCUAUGACGCGGAAAAGGGCAUGUCGGACGAGGAGAACCAAAGGCUGUACGCACUCGAAAUGAAAAAGGGUGAUGAAGGAUGGGGCCCUAAUGGUCGGAUGACGACGUACGCUGGGACGGGGGUCGGGUUGGUAAAGCAAGUCGCCUCGGCAAAAGAGAUUAUAGACGGCGUUCUAGAUCAAUCAGCGAUGGUUUUGUCGGGAUAG